AUGGGGAAGAUCGACUUUCUUUUGCACGAAAAUGCCACUGGCUAUGCCUUGUUCAAGGUUGUGAACCAGCCGGACCGCAUCAGCGGCGCCGACUCGCAGAACCUGGCCACCUUUGGCAAAAUGGUUCAGCUGGUCAACUUUGCUCCCUGGAGAAAUGCCGCCGACGCGUUGGAGAACAUCAAUGACAUCUCCGAGGGUAUCCUGAACGAGUACCUGCGAUCCAACCUUGAGCUGAACCUCCCCAAAGCCUCCAGCAAGUCGCCAGUCACCCUUGCUGUUCAGGACAAGAACUUGGGAGGUGCCAUCAAGGCUGCCUUCCCCGGUGUUGACGCCGAGACUGCCGAUACCAGCGACAUUGCUGCCGACCUCCUCCGUGGUGUCAGAACGCACGCCGAGAAGCUAUUGAAGGGUCUGCAGGAGGGAGAUGUUUCCCGUGCUCAGCUCGGUCUCGGUCACGCUUACUCCCGUGGCAAGGUCAAAUUCAACGUCCACAAGAACGACAACCACAUCAUCCGUGCUAUUGCAACCCUCGACAACUUGGACAAGGGAAUCAACCUGUUCUCCCAGAAGCUCAGAGAAGCCUACUCAUGGCACUUCCCCGAGCUGUACGCGAUUGUUUCCGACAACCUGGGCUUUGCCCGCAUGGCCCUGUUCGUUGGCGACAAGUCUACCCUGAGCGAGGACAAGCUGCACGAGCUGGCCGCCCUGGUCGACGAAGAUGAGGAAAAGGCCUCUGAGAUCAUCAACAAGGCCAAGAUCUCCAUGGGUCGCGAGAUUUCCGAAGCCGACUUGGAGAACAUCACCUCCUUUGCCAGCCGCGUUGUCAAGCUCGCCGAGUACAGGAGGUCGCUUUACAACUACCUGACCGAGAAGAUGAGCACCGUUGCUCCCAACCUGGCUGCUCUGAUUGGAGAGGUCGUUGCUGCACGUCUCAUCCAGAAGGCUGGAAGUUUGACCAACCUGUCCAAGUACCCUGCCUCGACUCUGCAGAUUCUCGGUGCCGAGAAGGCCCUGUUCCGCGCCCUCAAGACCAAGGGCAACACGCCCAAGUUCGGUCUCAUUUACCACAGCUCUUUCAUUGGUAAGGCCAACACCAAGGACAAGGGUCGCAUUUCCAGAUACCUCGCCAACAAGUGUUCGAUUGCUAGCAGAAUCGACAACUUUGCCGAGCAGCCCUCCAAGAAGUUUGGUGAGGUGCUGAAGCAGCAGGUUGAGGACCGCCUGGAAUUCUAUGCCAGCGGAAAGAAGCCCACCAAGAACGCCGAUGCCAUGGACCAGGCUAUGGCCGACAUCCUUGCCGACGGCCAAUCGCUCGCCAUUGACGCCGAGAUGAUCGAUGUCCCCCUUCCCACCAACACUGAGGACAAGGAGAAGAAGGAGAAGUCCAAGGACAAGAAGGAGAAGAAGGACAAGAAAGACAAGAAGGACAAGAAGCGCAAGCAGAGCGACGUGGGCGCCGAGGAGCCGGAAGCUGUGGAUGGCGAGAAAAAGAAGAAGAAGAAGAGGAAGUCCGAGGCUUAG